AUGUUAAGGACACAGCGAACAAGUCGGACAGUUUCAUUGUUAUCGUUCGUAUUUGUGGUUAACUUUCAAUAUUGCAUUUCAUCAGCGGCAGCAUAUUCGCUAUCCAGCAAUGAAGUGGACGAUAGUACAUAUCUAUUGCGUUCCAAAUAUGCCGGUCAAAUGUUAUCCUUUAUGAAUUUCUCCAUAGAUCCUUGUGAUGAUUUCUACGAAUUUGCCUGUGGAAAUUGGAAAAAUAUUAUCGAAGAACAUCAGUCACAAAGCAAAAGGACUUAUCUCACAGAUAUCGAUUAUGAAUUGGCAAAAAUUGCCGAAAUGUUAUUGGAGGAGCCAAAUAUCCUUGGCAUUGCCCCAGAAUAUAAUGAAGAAUUUCAAUUAACCAAAAAAUUCUAUCAUGAAUGUUUGGAAACGGAUUUGCAGAGCAAUCGGAAAUCUGUGGACUACAUAAAUGUUAUUCUACAAAUUGGUGGUUUUCCUGCAUUGGAUCCAGCUUGGGAUGCUUCGACAUUUAGCUGGGUCAACAUGAGUGCCCAUAUGAGCAACUAUGGCAUUAAUGGUCUCAUGCGUGAUGGACUCGUUCCGGAAUAUCCCUUUCAACCGUAUUUUGAUUUACCCACUUUCGGAUUUGAUAUUGAACUUCAUACGGAUAGUAUACAGGAUAGUAAUUCCAGUGCCUAUCAAAGUAAUUAUCAGAGAAUGCAUGACCUUUUAUCUUUGUACGAAGUGGAAGCAGAACACAUCCCCCGCAUUACUGAUGACAUUUUUGAAAUGCUUAAUGCCAUAUUUGCUGUCUUCGAAGAAUUCGAUGAAAAUGAAUUUGUUUGUAAGAAUAUAACCAGCUCAUUGGAUGAAUCGACGGUGGAGGCUAUUAAUAUUACGUGGCGGCAACAAUGGCGAAACUAUUUGGACAUAGCUUGGAAUAACCCCAAUUUAGAAUUGGAUGAUGAUUAUAAGCCAUGUGAUUAUCUCUAUUAUAAAUUGGAAACAAUAUGCGGCGAACAUAAGGAGGCGGUUGCCAACUACUUGGCAUUGAAAUUUUUACACGAAUUAGAUCCGAAAUUAAAGGACGUUAAAUAUCAAAAGGAAUAUUGUGUAUCGAGAAUGCGUAGUGUUAUGACAUUUUUAUUUGAUCAGUUGUUUAUGAAGAUUUACUCCAACGAAGAAUUAUUCGACGAGGUUAAUGCAAUGAUUGAUGACAUCAAAUCAAGUCUUAGCUGUAUUAUCAAACAAGCCGACUGGUUGGAUGAAGAGACACGCCAAGAAGCUCUGCUCAAGGAGGCGAACAUAAAUAAAGUCAUUGGCCGGUAUGAGACACCCGAAACAGUACAACGUCUCAUUGGUGAAAUGAGAAAUCUUGAAUUCAUUGAUGGUGGUAAUUAUGAGGCGAACAAUUUAAAUUUAAAGAAAUUCGAACAAUAUAUAGACCGCUAUAACGGGCUACAUGCUGCGGAGCUGAAUAAUAGCACAAAACCCUUGCAAUUGUUGAUGGGCAUGCAGGCAAAUGCGUUCUACUACAACAACGAUAAUUCGAUGUAUGUUAUGGCUGGUGUACUGAAUCCGCCAAUGUUCGAUAAGGCGUGGCCAAAUUCUUUAAAAUAUGGCACCCUUGGUUAUUUGGUGGGUCAUGAGCUGACGCAUGCCCUGGACACGGUGGGUGCUAAAUAUGAUCAUACCGGCAAUAAACGUUACUGGUGGACAGAGUAUUCAGAUAUGCUCUUUAAGGAUCGAGCUCAAUGUUUUGUUGACUACUUCAAUCAAUAUCAUGUGCCGGAAAUAAAUCGCAAUAUUAACGGUAAUGGAACGAGAGAUGAAAAUAUUGCCGAUGCUGGUGGUUUACGUGUUGCCCUACUGGCAUAUCGUCAUCUAAGGGAACGAAUGGCUGCAGAGAAUCCAGCGUCAGUGUUCGAUGACAGUGAUGAAAGGAUGCCAGCUUUAGAUUUUACGCCAGACCAGUUAUUCUUCCUGGGCACAGCUCAAAUAUGGUGUUCAUCCUAUACGGAAGCUAAUUAUUGGGAACAAUUGUCGGAUGAACAUACAAUUGAUAAAUAUAGAGUCUUGGGAAUGGUAUCGAAUAAUGCCGAUUUUGCCCAAGCAUAUAAUUGUCCAUUGGGUAGUAAAAUGAAUCCGGUCGGAGAUAAAUGUAUAAUAUGGUAG